AUGGCGGGCAAAAAGAAAGCAAAAUCUGCCGAGCACAAAGCACAAAAAGCAGCGAAGCAAUCCAAAAAGACGGCCAAGGGCGAAAAGAAAACCAAAGCCAAAGUUGCAGCAGUAAACGACGACUCCGACGCCGACGAUGUCGAUCUCGAUGCCGUUCUCGCCGCAUAUGCCGAGGAGCAAGCCAAAUUUCUCAAAAUCACUGAAACAGCGUGUGGACCUCCAUCAGCCCGAUCAUCUAGUACAUUAGUGGCAUCUCCCUCAAACCGGAACGAACUAUUCAUCUUUGGCGGGGAAUAUCACGACGGAAGCAGCGCUUCCUUCUACAACGACCUAUUUGUCUACCAGAUCGACAAAGGCGAAUGGCGCCAGGUCGUCUCGGGAAACACACCUCUCCCCCGAAGUGGCCAUGCCUGCUGUCGUGGAGGCAACACUGGAGGCAUCUACAUCUGCGGUGGCGAAUUCUCGUCGCCCAAACAGAAUCAAUUCUACCAUUACCACGAUUUCUGGCAUCUUGAUCCAGAUACCCGAGAAUGGACCAAGAUCGAACCUAAGGGGAAAGGCAAGAAUCCGCCUGCGCGGAGCGGACACCGUAUGACUUACUUCAAGAACUACAUCAUCCUGUUUGGCGGCUUUCAAGACACCUCGCAGCAGACAAAGUAUCUCAACGACACGUGGAUCUUUGACUGUAAGGAGAAUGUCUGGCAUGAGAUGAAAUUAGCUCCUGCGGCGCAGAAACCCGACCCCAGGUCGUCAUUCAGUCUCUUACCUCACGAAUCCGGUGCAGUUCUUUGCGGUGGCUACUCCAGAGUCAAAGCCACCGCCAACACAAACAAGCAAGGAAAAGGCGGUGCCGCGGCGGCGGGGGCAGCCGUCCGAAAUAUCCUCAAACCCAUGGUCCACCAAGACACAUGGUUCCUUCGAAUCAACAUCCCACCUCCAGAAUCUCCAUCCGGAACUCCCCCCACCAUUCGAUGGGAACGACGCAAACGACCCGCCAACACACCCAACCCUCCACGAGCAGGUGCAACCAUGGCCUACCAUAAAGGACGAGGAGUCAUGUUCGGAGGCGUGCACGACGUAGAAGACAGCGAGGAAGGAAUCGACAGCGAAUUCUUCAACGAACUCUACAUCUGGAAUAUCGACCGCAAUCGAUUCUUCCCCUUGACACUCCGUCGACCUAAACAAGGUGCUGCUGGUGGAGGAGGAGCCGGAGGAGGAAGUAAGAAGCAAAGUCAAGCUGGUGGUCGCGCACGUGAUCGUGGAAAAGCCGAUGAAGAGGAAUUACUUCGUAACCUCGCGGCUCUACAGACAAAAGGAUCGAUUUCUGCGGCGGAUGAGAUUCAACUCGAUCGAGAUGCUGGUGAUGAACAACGGCAGGUUGAAGAGGAUGAACCCUCGAAGCGGGAAUUAAUCGUUCGGUUUGAAAUGCCACACAAUCGAUUUAAUGCGCAAUUGACAGUUCAAGACGAUGUUCUGUACAUCUAUGGCGGGACAUUGGAAAAGAGAGAUAUUGAAAUCACGUUUACGGAUCUAUACAGCAUUGAUCUGGGCAAACUUGACGGCGUUCGAGAACAAUUCUACAUCGAACCUAUCAAUUGGAAUGUGACUACUACGCAAGAUAGUGAUGAGGAAAUGGACGACGAUGAUGACGAUGACGAUGACGACGACGAAGAUGAGGAUAACAGUGAUGAAGACAUGGACGAAAAAGAUGCAAUCAACAGCGACAAAAUGUACGUUGAUACACCGCCGUCGUCAGUCGCCGGUUCUACUACGGCUGCUGCCGGAGCUUCCGCCAUGGUGGUGGAAACCGAACCCGAAACAAGUGCAAAACAAGACUCACGACCAUUCCCACGAGCAUUUGAAUCAUUACGUGAAUUCUACGCACGUACAUCAGAAGAUUGGCAACGCUUGGUAAUGGAGACUCCCAUUGCAGCUCGGUCUGGUGGUGUGGGUUUGAGUUCGGGGGCUGAUCAGUCGGUCAAGGAGAUUCGAAAAAUGGCGUUUGAUAUGGCGGAGGAGAGAUGGUGGGAUUGUCGCGAGGAGGUCAGGGUUCUCGAAGAUGAGCAGGAGGCCGCGGGGAUUGGUGAGGUGGUUAAUAUGGCGGAUCGAGGUGAAGCUGCAGGCGGUGCUGGUACUGCUGGUGGUGGUGGUGGUGGUGGUGGUGGGAGGAGACGGUGA